UGUCGUUAGGUGAAUGUCCAUUCGGGUUUCCUGUCUGCCAACAGGCAGCCAAAAUGUUGGCCAUCCUGUCUGUGCUGUUUUUAUAUCUUUAUAGUCCGGUCUGUGGCGUGUUUCAGAAACUUUACUGCAGCAUGUCAGACAGCUGUGAAUGCGACUUUAAGCCAAAUAUCAGAGACCUGGAGUGGGACCUUUACAAGAAUGUUUACGGACAACAUCUGGCUCAGGAAAUCGUGUCAGAGGAGGUGGCGAGGUUCCUUCAGAAUAAAAUCCCUGAGCGGCCCUUGGUGCUGUCUUUCCAUGGCUCCUCUGGGACAGGAAAGACGCUGGUCAGCUCCAAAUAAAUAAAUAAAUAUAUGGACUUUUGAGCUGAUCUCACCUAAUAGGUAUGCACAUAGUAAUAAUAACUAGCGUAUAUACUGUAA